CUCUACUCUCCACUCACCCCUCAACCAUCUCCUCCAACUCCAUUGCCACUCUCUCUCUCUCUCUCUCUCUCUCUCUCUCUCUAAAAUGCAACUUCUUCACUCUCCAUCUUAUCCCCAUAUACCGUUUCAGAACCAAAAACCACAAUUCAGAAAGGGGAUACUUGUACCAGAGAAGUUUUUUCAGCUCUCUACUGCAAACAGGUCAGUUCAUUCCCAAAGACAUGUCAGGCCAAUAUGGGCACCAAUUAACCAGUCAAUUUUCAGCGCCAUUUCAGUUAAAGCUGCUUCUGUUGAAGGUGUUUCUUCAGUUUCAGCUACAGAAGCUACAAGUGCUGUAUUGAAAGCCUUGUCUCAAAUAAUUGAUCCUGACUUUGGGACUGACAUUGUCUCAUGUGAGUUUGUGAAGGAUCUGCAUGUGAAUGAAGCUUCGGGGGAGGUUUCCUUUCGGUUAGAGCUCACUACUCCGGCAUGUCCAGUCAAGGACAUGUUUGAGCAGAGGGCGAAUGAGGUGGUGACAGCACUUCCUUGGGUUAAAGAAGUCAAUGUAACAAUGUCAGCCCAACCAGCAAGACCUGUUUUUGCAGGACUUCUUCCUGCAGGCCUACAAACAAUUUCUAACAUCGUGGCAGUAUCAAGUUGCAAGGGAGGUGUGGGAAAGUCAACAAUAGCUGUAAAUCUGGCAUAUACUUUGGCUGGUAUGGGCGCUAGAGUUGGUAUCUUUGAUGCUGAUGUUUAUGGUCCUAGUUUACCAACAAUGGUCUCCCCCGAAAGUAGACUGCUCGAAAUGAAUGCAGUGAAGAAAACCAUCAUUCCGACAGAAUAUUUGGGAGUCAAGUUGGUAUCAUUUGGGUUUGCUGGACAAGGUCGUGCAAUAAUGCGGGGUCCAAUGGUUUCUGGAGUUAUCAACCAACUACUGACUACAACUGAGUGGGGAGAACUGGACUACCUCGUGAUUGAUAUGCCGCCUGGAACUGGUGAUAUUCAGCUUACCUUAUGCCAGGUUGUUCCAUUGACUGCUGCAGUUAUAGUCACCACACCUCAGAAACUAGCAUUCAUUGAUGUUGCAAAAGGAGUACGCAUGUUUUCAAAGCUUAAGGUGCCAUGUGUUGCCGUGGUUGAGAAUAUGUGCCACUUUGAUGCGGAUGGAAAACGGUAUUACCCGUUUGGUAGAGGUUCAGGUUCUCAGGUUAUUGAACAGUUUGGAAUUCCCCAUCUGUUUGAUCUACCAAUUAGACCAACUCUAUCUGCUUCUGGAGAUAGUGGAACGCCUGAAGUGGUGGCUGAUCCUCAAGGUGAAGUUGCCCAAACAUUCCAAGACCUAGGAGUUUGUGUUGUGCAGCAGUGCGCCAAAAUUCGCCAACAAGUUUCAACGGCUGUCACCUAUGAUAAAUCUAUUAAGGCAAUCAAGGUGAAGGUACCUGAUUCAGAUGAAGAGUUCCUUCUGCAUCCUGCAACUGUAAGACGAAAUGAUCGUUCAGCCCAAAGUGUGGAUGAAUGGAGUGGUGAACAGAAACUGCAGUAUACUGAUGUUCCAGAAGACAUUGAACCUGAAGAAAUUCGCCCCAUGGGAAACUAUGCUGUAUCAAUAACAUGGCCAGAUGGAUUUAGCCAGAUUGCCCCUUAUGAUCAGCUGCAAACCAUGGAGCGUUUAGUCGAUGUUCCUCAACCAACUCUUGCAUAGGUGACAAAUUGACAAUCCAGUAAUAGGCAUUUAUUCUGGCGAAAACUGGAUAGAGAGUAGAGAUUGGAAAUUUGGAGAAUUAUCCUAUACAUACCUAAUGCUGAAGGGAGAAGUGCAUUGUUGCAGGAGUGAUUCUUUUCUUUUUUAUUUUUCUAAUAUCUCGAUCUGUCGAUAUUUUGCAAUUGUGUAGCAUUACUUGCCAUUGCUUUUCUUGGUAAAAAAAAAAUACAUGUCUGCCUUGCUACCAUGUUUGAGCUUUCAGGGUGCUUCAGUAAAACCGAAGUAAUUAAGUUAAUCUAUUCAACUUGUAUA